AUGGGUAGAUCAUUAGCAGAUUUUGGCUUAGGGCAUUUAAUAGAACCAGAUGAUGCAGAAAUCAGGAAAACCAAAGACAUUGUUGAUGCCUUGGAAGCACCAAUACCUGAUGAAUGCAUUUUUUGCAGAGACGCUCUGAAUUCAGCUCAGCAGAUAGCCUUUGAUAGCAUUAUGGAACAUGUAAAUGGCAGCAUUGCUGGCUGCUUCUUUGUAGAUGGUCCUGGUGGGACUGGAAAGACUUUUUUGUAUAAUGCACUAUACGCUGAGGUUCGGCAAGCUCACAAAAUUGUAUUGCCUACUGCAACUUCAGGGAUAACAACUUCAAACAUACCAUCUUGCAGAACAGCACAUUCCAGAUUCAAAAUUCCUCUUGAUUCAGAGAAAUCUCUUACAUGUGAUGUUCCUAGACAAGAUCAGCUUCUUCGGGAUCUCUGUGACCCUGAUCAAGUAUUUGGAGGAAAGGUGGUUGUAUUUGGAGGAGAUUUUAAGCAAGUUGUCCCUAUUGUUCCUAGGAAGUCUCAAAGAGAAAUUGUAGCUGCAAGCUUAGUCAGCUCAUACUUGUGGCCUAAGAUGAUAAGGUUCCGAUUGACAGAGAAUAUUAGAGCUAGACACGAUGCUGCAUAUUCUGAGUUUUUACUGGCGCUUGGAAAUGGACAGCUGCAGAAUACUGAAGUUGACUUUGUGCAGUUGCCAGCGCACAUUGUACGUUGCUAUGACCCGAAAAUUGAUCCUAUACCAGCGGUGGCAUCUGCUGCUUUUCCGGAAGUUGACAGCAUGGACAUGUGUCCAAACAUUUUUACAGAGAUAACAAUCCUUACCCCUAUGAAUGAAGAUGUAGAUUCAAUCAAUACUUAUUUGAUUGACCUAUUCCCCAGAGAGCAUGCUUCAUACAAAAGCUUCGACUCUCUUCUUGAUGAUAAUUGUACUCUUUACCCGACUGAAUUCCUGAACAAAUUAUGUCCUGGAGGUAUGAGCCCUCAUGAAAUCAUCUUGAAGAUAGAUUGUCUUGUUAUCUUACUGCGAAACAUAGCGCCAUCUGAAGGUCUGUGUAAUGGAACAAGGCUUAUAUGUAAGCGUUUUUUGCCCAAUAAUAUUCUCUGCGUCAUAGCAACAGGCCACUACAAAGGGAAAUUUUGGUUUCUGCCACGCGUUAAUCUCUGCCCUUCAUCUUCAGCAAAUUAUCUCUUCCAAUUUGAGAGGAAGCAAUUUCCCAUUAAGAUUAGUUUUUCCAUGACAAUAAACAAGUCACAAGGUCAAACAUUGAACAAGGUUGUUGUAUAUCUCCCACAACCUUGCUUCUCACAUGGCCACCUAUAUGUAGCUCUCUCACGUGCUAAGAAAUCCGAAAAAGUCAUUGUCUUUAGCCCAAAGGUAUCUACUGCUUUGUCUGCUUCACAUGUAAAAAAUGUUGUUUCUUAUGAUGUCUUAAGGUUAGCUUCAAUAAUUUAG